AUGGAAUUCGCCUCCAAGAGCCAAUAUGACGACUACCUGGAGGAGAGAGAAGAUAUCAUUUACAACCUCAUUGAGGGCCUGGAGGUGGAGGAGAUGGAAGCUAAGAUAGCUGCAUAUCAGCGUGAGAACAGGGAAAACAUACUGCAGAAUGACGCGCGGAAGGCAGAGGAGGCGCGGGCACGGGCUCAACGCGCUUCAGGGAGCGCAAAGACAGCGAGUACUGCUCCUUCGACUUCUGCUCCUACUCAGCAGCCUGAAGAUGCAACCAAGUACAAUGCUACAGCGGUCAUGCCGGCUGCACCACCGCCUGCCCAGCCGGCGCCACGACAAGCCGCUACAGCUGCAGCUGGCCUCAGUGGGGACGACCCGGGCAGUCGAGAGCGCAUAGCACGAGCAAGUGGUUGGGAUCCAAACUUCCAGCAUGACCGCCUGCUGCAAGAGGCAUACAGCACCAUAUUUCUGAGGCCGCUGCCAAGCCCAGCUGGCCAGCUUGUAGAAUAG